CGGCCCCCGGUAGCUGCGUUCCGGCACCCCGGGCGGGUGUCCUUGAGGCCGUUGCCCGAGAAGCACCUGUAAGGGCGUCGGGCUGGUUCAGGUCGUCUGCGGAAAUGCUCUUUCUCAGCGUGGGCCGAUUUUUAGGGCUCGGGAGCGAGUGUCGUCUCAGGAGUUAGGCGUCCGUAACUGCAGAUCGCUUACGUUUGUCCGAGAUCGGGCGGGUACGUGUCUAAACCGAACUUUACCUCGAAAACGAUUGAAACGAAUCUUUGCGGAAGGAGGAGCUGCUGGGAAGCCAGCUGUAUGCUUGGGAGCAGCAGUUGGCUGCGCGACAGCCCGGGACGGUGCGGGCAGGCAGCUGGCCGUUGUGAAGGAAAGCAGGAAGCGGCGAGUGUGGUUGGGAUGCAGUCCUGCCGGCGGUGCAGAGCCCGCCUGGGAUGGGCUUUGCCCGCACGCCUCAAGGAAUAGGUUCACCGAGCGUCUACCAUGCUGUUAUAGUGAUCUUCUUGGAGUUUUUUGCUUGGGGACUCUUGACAGCACCCACUCUGGUGGUUUUGCAUGAAACCUUCCCAAAACAUACGUUUCUAAUGAAUGGUCUGAUUCAAGGAGUAAAGGGCUUAUUAUCAUUCCUCAGUGCCCCACUCAUAGGUGCCCUGUCUGAUGUGUGGGGACGGAAGUCCUUUUUGCUGCUAACAGUAUUUUUCACCUGCGCACCGAUACCACUAAUGAAGAUCAGCCCGUGGUGGUACUUCGCUGUCAUCUCUGUCUCUGGAGUUUUUGCAGUGACCUUUUCUGUGGUUUUUGCAUAUGUAGCAGACAUAACCCAAGAACAUGAAAGAAGCAUGGCCUAUGGUUUGGUUUCAGCAACUUUUGCGGCAAGUUUAGUUACCAGCCCUGCUAUUGGUGCCUAUCUUGGUCGAGUCUAUGGAGACAGCCUGGUUGUGGUCCUGGCUACAGCAAUAGCCUUGUUAGACAUUUGUUUUAUUCUUGUUGCUGUACCAGAAUCGCUGCCAGAGAAGAUGAGGCCAGCAUCCUGGGGAGCACCCAUUUCAUGGGAACAGGCUGACCCUUUUGCAUCACUGAAGAAAGUCGGCCAGGACUCAGUUGUGCUGCUAAUCUGCAUAACAGUCUUUCUUUCCUACCUCCCAGAGGCAGGUCAAUAUUCCAGCUUCUUCCUAUACCUCAGACAGAUAAUGGGAUUUUCAUCUGAAAGUGUUGCAGCAUUUAUAGCAGUCCUUGGGAUUCUUUCCAUUAUUGCACAGACAAUAGUUUUGAGUUUACUUAUGCGGUCCAUUGGAAAUAAAAAUACCAUCUUACUGGGCCUAGGAUUUCAAAUACUACAACUUGCAUGGUAUGGCUUUGGAUCAGAACCAUGGAUGAUGUGGGCAGCUGGCGCUGUUGCAGCCAUGUCCAGUAUUACUUUCCCAGCUGUAAGUGCACUGGUUUCACGAACUGCUGAUGCUGACCAACAAGGUGUUGUUCAAGGGAUGAUAACAGGAAUUCGAGGACUGUGUAAUGGUUUGGGACCAGCACUUUAUGGUUUUAUAUUCUAUAUAUUUCAUGUUGAACUGAAUGAACUCCCCAUGCCUGAAUCACCAUCAGGAGGUAGCGUGGUCACACAAUACCAUUUACAACAGAAUUCUAUAAUUCCUGGACCCCCGUUCUUAUUUGGAGCGUGCUCUGUGCUGCUGGCACUACUUGUUGCCUUGUUUAUUCCUGAACACACAAACCUAAAUGUACGAUCCAGCAACUGGAAGAAACACUGUGGCAGUCAUGGCCAUCCCCACAGUCCACAAGCUCCUGGUGAAGCUAAAGAACCAUUAUUACAAGAUACAAAUGUAUGACAAAAAUCCAGAAAGAUCUUUUGGACUUUUUUUUCAUCAGCAGUUUGGGAUACACAUUCCAAUUCCAUCAAAAAUGUCAUUUCUUAAGGUAAUCUUAAGAAGUAUCUUUCUGCAUGAAAUCCAUAGGAAUUUAAAAAAAAA